GGUGAGAGGGGUUCACCCAGUAACUUCACUUAGUUCACAGAGGGAGAACAUGUUGGAGAAGAAAGGGACAAGGAAAAAGAGAGGGACAGAGAGAAAGAGAGGGAAAAAACAGAGGAAAAUAGACUUCUCUGAGACAUCUGCGGGAUUACUCUAAUAGUGUGUUUGGGUGUGUGAGUCUGUAUGUGACUUUUCCUGGACAUGGAUACCCCGCUGACCACCCCACUCCUCCUCACCCUCCUCUGCUCCCUCUCCCUCAUUCAUGGGGCCAUGGACUCCUGCUACGAUGACAACGAGGGUGUCCCAAGCCGCUGCAUGCCCAAGUUUGAGAACGCAGCCUUCAACCGCACGGUCAUGGCCUCUAACGUGUGCGGUUCGCCCCCGGAGGACUACUGCAUGCAGACUGGCUCGACGCGGUCCUGCCACCACUGUAGAUUGUCGGACCCGGGCCUCAGCCACAACGCCAGCCUGCUGACGGACUUCCACACGGAUGAUGAACCCACCUGGUGGCAGAGCCAGUCCAUGUUCUACGGAGUCCAGCACCCUAACUCUGUAAACCUCACCCUGCACCUCAGUAAAGCCUUUGAGAUCACCUACGUGCGCCUCAAGUUCUACACCAGUCGACCGGAGAGCUUUGCCAUCUACAAGCGAACAAGUGAGGAUGGACCAUGGAUGCCCUACCAGUACUACAGCGCCUCCUGUACCAAGACCUAUGGGAAGAACGCCAAGGGAUACAUUCGCCCGGGGGACGAUGAGAGGAUGGCAGUCUGCACCGAUGAGUUCAGUGACAUCUCCCCUCUAACCGGGGGCAAUGUGGCCUUCUCUACCCUGGAGGGGCGACCCAGUGCAUACAACUUUGACCAGAGCGCCGUGCUACAGGUUGUGCAACUGUGACCGUAGGGGCAGUGUGGGCGUCUGCUCUGUGCUGGAUGGUGGCUGUCACUGCAGGGCUAACGUGGAGGGACACGCGUGUGACAGGUGUAAACCAGGCUCCUUCAACCUGCAAGAGAACAAUCCAGAUGGCUGUACGCCCUGUUUCUGCUUUAGACACUCAUUGGCCUGCAGAUCGUCCAAUCACCAUGCAGCUGUCAACAUCACAUCGGACUUCCAUGAAGACACAGAUGGCUGGUCAGGACAGUUCUCCGGGGGACAGGAGUAUCCUCUGCUGUGGAAGGAAGGGGAGGUCUACUUGCUACCACUCAGUGAGGAUGAUCUCGGCUUCUACAGAGCUCCAGAGAGGUUCCUGGGAAACCAUCUCCUGAGCUACGGCCAGCUCCUUUCCCUGACCUUCACGGCCGAGGCCCAGUACCUCCUCCCUCACAGUGUCACAGUGCUCCUGGAAGGAUCGGGAACCACCCUGUCAGCUGACCUUUCACCCCAACAUGGACCUGUCCACCAGCCGGGCCUCGCUCCCGAGCACACCUUCACUCUCAGACUUCACAAGGAGGAGACGAGGCUGAGGCCUUCUAUGUCUGCCUUCCAGUUCCACCAUCUUCUCUUCAACCUCACUGCUAUACAGAUCAGCAACGCAGGAGGACACAACUACACGUCCCAACUCUCAGGGGUAACCCUGGCUUCCGCUGCCCCCUUCUCCAGUCCUGUUACCCCCUCUACCCCCCCUGUUCCCUGGGUAGAGGUGUGUACAUGCCCUCCUGGAUUUGGGGGUCAGUACUGUGAGCUCUGUGCCCCAGGAUUCAGCAGAGAGGUCCCUAACGGAGGACCCCUGUCUCCCUGUGUGCCCUGCACCUGCCACCAGCAUGGACCCUGCCACCCUGAGAGAGGUGUGUGUGUGUGUAUUGACUUCACCACAGGACCAACCUGCGAGCGUUGUCUGGACGGUUACUAUGGUAACGCGUUGAUUGGCACGCCCAAUGACUGCAGACCUUGCCCCUGCCCGGACCGUACCAACUGUGCUCAAAUGACAGAGACGGGGGAGGUGGUCUGUACCAACUGCCCUUCAGGACAGAGGGGCAUCAGAUGUGAGAUGUGCGAGGACAGUUUCCACGGCGACCCCCUGGGCCGGUCAGGGCCGGUUCAACCGUGUGAGAAGUGCGACUGUAACGAUAAUGUGGACCCCAACGCGCUGGGCGUGUGUGAUCACAUGACGGGCCGUUGCCUGAAGUGCCUUAGACACACCGAGGGAGAACAUUGCCAACGCUGCCGACAAGGUUACUAUGGGGACGCCCUGGACCGCACCUUGGCCCAGAAGUGCAAACGCUGCGGCUGCAGUCCUGCAGGGACUUCUGGGUCGUUGGAGGACUGUGACCCCCAGACAGGAAGUUGUCUGUGCCUUAGUCAUGUGACCGGGCGAGACUGUGGUCAGUGUGAGGUGGGCUUCUUCAACCUGCAGUCUGGAGUAGGCUGUGAGAGGUGCACCUGUAACCCCAUUGGCUCAUCUUCCAUGGCUUGCCACCAAAUCACAGGCCAGUGUGUGUGUCGGCUGGGAGUGGAGGGGCGGCUGUGCAGCACAUGUCGUAUGGGCUUCUUUGGUUUCUCCUCACGGGGCUGCAGAGCCUGUAAUUGCGACCCAAUGGGUUCCAGCUCCAUGCAGUGCCACACCAACGGCACCUGUUCCUGCCGCCAGGGCUUCGUGGGGUACAAGUGUGAUCAAUGUGAGCUCAACUACUUCCACAACAGAGCCACACACCAGUGUGAGGAGUGCCCCGUCUGCUAUGGGCUAGUCAAGGAGCAGGCAGGGAGGCUGAAGGCUCGGUUGCAGGAUUUGGAGAAUCUCCUAGAACGCUUCGACUGCCGGAGUGGCUACGGACACCACCAUCAUGUGCGCGAGUAUCACAUGCGACAGCUUCACGAGCGACAGCAUCACGAGCGUGGGCAUCAGGGGGAGGACAGCCUGCCCAAUGCGCUGGAGGACUUCCUGGCUAUCCAAGAGGCAAAGGAAGCCUUGGUUAAACAGUUUGCUCUCAUGGAGACGUCUACACACACUCUCUCAGCCCAGCUGCACCAUGUUACCCCAGCUAUGCACUGUAGUACCAGCAUGGAGGAAGAGCAGGAGGAUGAGAAAAAGGAGGAGGGGAAUGAGAACAGGCGGAGAACAUUGUGUAGUACCCUUGCUGACGCUGUAUCAGUGGUCAGAAGUGCACAGACACAGCUGAAGCAGGCAACACUGGACCUGGACAACAUGGUCAUUCCUUUCGAGGUGCCACCGGUGCCCAACCGAUGGAACUCAGCGGUGAACCAAUCAGAGGUCCUUAUGAAAAGCCACACAGAGAUGUCUGGUCGUAUAGAGUCUAUAGCUACCAAGGCGUUCAUGGCCUCCAACCAGACCUACUCUCUACUGAUGGACCUACUGGAGGACAACUUUACAAAAGAAUACAUCAGCAACCUCACAGAGCAACUGGCAGACAUGCAGCAGAUAAAGGAGAAUCUGACUGCCCAAGUGAAUAGGACUCUAGCCAAUAAACUGUCUCUGGAGGAGGAGUCUGCUGAUGUCUUGGUUGCCCUAGGUAACCUCACCUCCUCCCUAUUGGAGCUGUCCCAGAGGAGGCCCAAAUCCACAUCAGGAACCAACCAAUCAGAUCUCAGACCAACACAGGGUUACAACCAAUCAGACCCCAGCCUCGCACCGGCUGCCAAUCAAUCAGAGGAUGUUGAGCUAAUUAACAGGACAGCUGAGCUGGCGUUUAAUGUCCAGUCUAAAGAGGAGCUGGUCAAUAAGAUCAGAGAGGAGAUGGAGCCUCGCAUACAGACCGCUCACAACAACAUGGCUGCUGUAAAGGAUAUAUACAAGCUGACAGCUCAUGCCCAUGGGUCAAAGGUCCUGGCCCUGUCAUCGGUGGUGACAGGGAAAGAAAUGGAGUCAGAGGCCAUCGCUCUGCGGAGAGAACUGGAAGACAUGCAGAGAGAGUGGCCUCGAAGGCAGGCCCAGACCAAGGCUGCUCUGAAGAAGGAGACGCUGCUGAGGGAGAAGGUUCUGGAAGACAUCAAUAAGAAGGUGAACCAGACAGAGAGAGUCCUGAGGCCUGCCCUGGAUAACGCUACCCUCUCCAAUGCUACCGCAGAACAGGCAGAACACACUGCACACGCCCUGUCUAAAGAGGCCAGGGCCACCCUGACCAAGGCCAAGCACGUGAGGACAGCGUCUGCCCAGCUCAUCUCCUCUGUGGACACAGCCCUGCAGCAGCUGGCUGAGCUGGAGAACCACACUGCCCAGGCACGAGCUCAACUCAACGUAGAGCCUGUAGAGUCUCUGACCAGUGUGAAGGGGGACAUCCAGGCAGCUAAGUUUCAGCUGGAGGCCUAUUCACUCACACUCAUCCAGCUCAUCAGUAACAUGGAUGGGAGCAUGGUGCUGGAGCAGUUUGACCGUAUCCUGAGCGAGACGGCGGUGCGGUUGGGUGUUCUGCGUGGCAGCGUGGAGAGCCCUGCCCUGAACGGGAAGAUCCAGACCCUAUGGUCAGCUGGCCAGGACCAGAAGAGCCAACUGACCCACCUGGAACAGGACCUGCAGGAGAUAAGACAGGAGCGAGAUAGUUUGAAGGACAUUGCCCUGCACCUGCCCCAGACCUGCCCCUAGGCCUUGGGGAUAGAGGGACACUAGGACGGGGCUCCAGGAGGACACUAAAGUCAUAUUGCAUUCAUUCUACUCCCUCCCUGCAGUGCACACACUCGUUCACUCAACCUCAAUGAUUUAAAAGAGGUUCUACCAUGUUUCUUACAGCAGGAAAAUUGAAUUAGACAUAAGAAUGCUGAGAGGACUCUAGAAGUUCAGAUGGUAGGUAGGACUCAGAUAUUUGAAUGCUUUAGGGUAGAUGUAGUCUGUCCCAAAUGGCACCCUAUAGUGCAUGACUUUUGACAGUGCCUGUAGAGCUUUGGUCAGAAGUAGUGCACUAUGUAGGGAAUGUGGUUCCAUUUGGGACACAUACAUAGAAGUGUAGGUGGCAUCCUUCUCAGUUUGUGGGUGUUACUGGACAAUACUGUGGUUGUACAUCCCCAUCUACUGCAGUGCACAGUCACAGUUUUACCACUAAGUCUCUAUACUUUUCAAACUCUCCACUAUACUUUUCUGACCUGCCUGAUACCACUUCAGUACUACUAUCCAGGCAUAGGCAGUUUUCCUUGCCCUCUUUGAACUUCUACCAUCAUGCUUUCCUUUAGUUCUACCCCUCACUCCUUUUUGGCUUUACUUAUCUUUCUGUAGCUCACCCCGCUCCCGACUCCACAUUACCCCUGCCCUGUCUCCAUAGCAAUGAUCUCUUAUUUCAUUUCCCCCUGUAAUGUUUCCAACAACAUCUGCAGUGUAAUUAAUCAGUGAAUAAUAAGUCAGCUAUAGCUGCCUGUUCAACAGCCUAGUGUGUCCUGUCAAGUUUAAAAUAAUGCUGAUUUUCCACUUUGGAGGUAGGUGUGUCUGAACCGCGGCGCUUUUCCAAUGGGAAACCUUCAUUUACACUUGAGCAAUUUUCAUCAGCCUUCCAUAAUUAACAAUUAGUCAUUUUGCCCUCCAUAGGGUUCAACUGCGCACACAGUCAUUCAGUUUGGGAUUCUGCAUGUGCCUCUCGCUUUCCCUCAGUCUCCUUUCUCUCUGAGCAAAUGAUCUGUCUGUCAAAUGGAAAAGGAUAAAAACAACCAACCUGUUGGCUUUCUCCAUGUGGGUAACAAUGGCUGGAAUACCUACUGAAUUAUUGACGGUAUAGAAAUCUGUCGCUAGAAAUGGGUCCUUUCUAUUUCAGAUGGAACUUUGUCAGACUACAAAUAAGAUAUGAGUGGUUUUAGAUGAUAGCCCGGUAAACAAAGUAGAAAACAAGGCCUGAAAAUGUAAUGUUGAUGGUGUUGUUGAUUACUAUUGGAGAAACUAGCGCAGCUAUUGACAAAGCCAUAAAUAAGACUAUAAAGCACACUAAAUAUAUACUGGAUCAAAUACUGAUGAUGAAAAGCAAUGAUAGAAGUGCCUAAUAUCAAUACACAUUGUACUACAUUCAUAACUUCAGUCUUCUGGACUAUAUUUCUGUUAAAUGCUGGAUCCUUUGAUAUUAAACUGACAAACAUCCCUGCAGUUCUUUAAUUUACCAUAUGGUGGUGACCAAGAUUCACUAGCGUUCCUUACAAACCAGAGAGCAUCACUUGCUGUGAGUUAGUUGACCCACUGGGGUGGAAUCAUACAGGACUCUGGGACCUCUGCACUACUUUAUAUAUCUGUACUGCACAAAGCCCAAACCCCCACACUACUUUAUACUGUAUAUCUGUACUGUAUAUCACACAUUCUUCAUACUAACACUCACAGGAUUGUGACAGCUUCUGAUUGCUCAGACCAAACAGAGAUUCAGGUCUGUUCAUCACUUUCUGAAGGGAAAACACUGGCCAGCCUAGCGUUGAACUAUAUGAGGCCCUUCCGGGAAAAUCUUUAAGGUAUGUCCUGUACAUACGUGGAUGCUAACACAGGUACUCCAAUUUGGAUCUUUGACCAAUCCCAUCAGCUCUUUUUUGAAAACAAAUUGGGUGGCUAGAGUGACAUAAUAGUUUAUAAGGGGGUUAGGUAGCGAUUUAAAGGUUUUACAGACAUAUGUGGUUUGUAUUCAUAAAUCAUUAGUUACCUGUUAUAACUCAAUGGUUCAAAUGGUUUCAUUGUGAUUCUAGUGCUUACGAAGCGAUGAGUAGGACUAUAUGACUGCAUGGGUUUAUACAUUUAAUAGAACGUCAAUCAUGACGUUUUGGGUACACAAGUCAUAUGAUGACUGUGGUCGCGUUCCCCUGCUCAGACCUUGUAUGCAUCAACCAAUGGUUGCUUGCCACCUCAUCGACUGUGCAGUCGGGCAUCAGAUUGCUAUAACAUAUUAGCUGAUGCUUAAAAUGCCUAUCCAGGAUCUGUCAGGCGUCAGCAACGCCUGGGCAGAGAAACGCGCACAAAUUUACACAAAGGCUGCGUUUACACAGGCAGCCUAAUUCUGAUAUUUUUCCACUAAUUGGUCUUCUGACCAAUCAGAUCAACUCUUUUGCCAAUAAUUGGGGAAAAGAUCAGGAUUGGGCUGCAACACAGCCAGAGUGAUGUGACAACCCGCUAUCUGUGAACGUGAACGAUUUAAGGCAACAGCCCAGUUAGCCCCGAGGUAGCCUGGCAUAUUGGUCACUUAUUGGUCUUCUGACCAAUCAGAUCUGCUCUUUUGCCAAUAAUUGGUCAGAAUUGGGCUGCCUGUUUAAUUUAACACAGCCUAAAUUCUUGUUGAAGAAUCAGGUUUGUUUAGGUAAGAUACCUAAAGGGUUGAGGGUGAGACUAUGGCCUACUAAUGCUGACUUUACUGUAAGCUACUUUAAUGAGGGAAAAUGUACUUGCUAAGACUGUCAUAUGUCACACCCAGCUAUCGAAAUUGUAAGGAUAUAAGAACAUCUUCUAAAUGACUAAAAUGUAAUAUAUAUGUCACAAACCUAGAUAUAAUAAUGUACACACUGAUUAAAUGGUCACAGGAGUCAGACUAACAGUUUUCUUUCUUCUCCAGAUUGUCACAGAGUUCCUGCAUGACUACACAAAACAACACAUUCAAGUCUGUCAGACAGUCACUGCUUGAGGGUCGCCAGUGUAGUCACUCUACCACACCAAACAUUUAAUUAAAAUGCUAGAGUCUAACGAUCUGAGAGCCCCUGGCAUAUAUCUAGGGAGACACAGGGGGUUUUAGAUAAUGCUGAUCUUAAUGACCUCCACACAGUCGAUGGACACUAUAAUGUGGGUACUCUGAGUCCUGACAACCAUCUAUGCAGAAAAUUCGCUUCCCAAAUGAAAUCAAAUAAAUUGUUGAAAAAUGUAUGAAAAUGAUGACCUUUACAAUUCAAGCUACAAUAUGGAAUUGUUUUUUCAGAAAAACAGCAGUCCCACCACUUCAGUUAGAUAUGUUUUUCAGUAUCACUAGGGAAAUGUAGCCUUACUAAUUUCAUAGACAGAGCUCUAGAUGCAAGGACUGCCAGACAAUCCCUGAUGGACUUGAACAUUUAUUUUACCUUUUUUUAACUAGGCAAGUCAGUUAAGAACACAUUCUUAUUUGCAAUGACAGCCUAGGAACAGUGAGUUAACUGCCUUGUUCAGGGGUAGAAUGACUGAUUUUUACCUUUUCACCUCAGGGAAUUGAUUUUGCAACCUUUUGGUUACUAGUCCAAUUCUCUAACCACUAGGCUACCUGCCACCCCAAAGUUAGGCCAGGACUCAAACUGAUCAAUGGUAGAUCCGCAUUACAACACGUUUGACAUUGACAUUUAUUUUGGUAUACAGCUGAUGGAUGGGGCAAGUGAAAUGUAACUCUUCAUAAAUUCAUAGACAGCGCUCUAGAUGGACUGACAGUCCAUGACAUCUUGUCUUGUCAUGAUAGUUAUACUAGAAGCUAUACUGUAGGCUACAUUGUUUACAUUCCUGUUGUUUGUAAACAAUAAUCAAAUGUAUUCAUUAAAGCAAAGGUAAGCACAUGAAGUAUCUAUUUGUUAUAUUGUUCAAGAAUCAAGGAAUAAAUAUCAAGAAUGGAAAUUGUA